GCGUUACUAUAGAAACAUUUUUCUUGUUUUGUUUGAGUGUAUCCUAGAGACAGACCGCUUGUGGAACUGAAGCGUAUGCGCAUGCGCGUGGUUGCGUGAGAAACGUAUGUGUUGUGGAAACGUCAUUUAUCUAUUAGGUUCUCCGUUGAAUCAGAGUGACAUUAUCUGAAAGAUUUUUGUGUCUUACAAAAUAAAAUAUUUGGUUUUAGCGAAAAGACGUUUCCAUUUAAAUGAAUCCACACAAAUGGAAAAAGAAUUUUUGCUAACCUCUCUAUCAGAGAAGUUAUUGAUCUAGUGUUUGUAGCUGUAUAACGCUGUUUGACUAUAUAUAUAUCAACUCGACAACAGAUAAAGCAGAGAGAUGCGAAGUUUGAGAACGUUUAUAUAAAUACAUGGUAAAAUUAUUCUGUCUUUAUAAAAUGUGGACUUUAUUGUGAUUUAAUAAAACAACGGAUCACACUCGAAAUAAUGGGAAACGCUUCGUCAAUAGACUCUUCUGUUGUCGCUUAUCUGGAAGUGAAUGGAAAACAGGAAAAGAUUGUGUUUAGCAAACACUGCAGCUCACGUGAUAUACAUGAUCUUGUAGCUCAGGCAGCCGGUUGUAGCAAGUACUGUAUUUUAACCCUCAAAGACCCAAAUGGCGCCCAUAUUUCAAUGUCUCCGACAAUGCCCAGUAACACGCCAAGUUCACCUUACAAAGUACAAAUUUCACAGCCAACGUCAAAUCAAGGAGAUAGCGAGGUUCUAACACACCUGAUGACCCAUGUAGCCGAUCAGUUUAACAAGGCCUUUAAAGUUGAGGAAAUGAGAUCAGAGAUUUCGACCAGACUGACGGCAUUAGAACGGAAGCUAGAAAUGGAAGGUCUAAAAGCUGUUGAGAUAGAGAAGUGUAAAAAAGAUAUUUCGGAAAUAAAGGAUCAGAUCUGGACGGCACAGAAAAAGUUCGUGGAUUUCAACAGGAUGAGUAUUGAAGACGCUAGUUCGCUGAGUGAUGAAAGGAAGAUCUGCCUUAAAAGGGAUAUUCCCUCAUAUCCGAAG